GAGCAGAUCUGGGGGACAUCUCCACGUAUUCUGAGAAAGCAGCCGGGUACGGUGGAUGGCGGGGCAGGUGAGCGUGCCCGCGCUGGAGGACCGCCUUCAGUGCCCCAUCUGCCUGGAGGUCUUCAAGGAGCCCAUGAUGCUGCUGUGUGGCCACUCCUACUGCAAGGGCUGCCUGGUGUCCCUGUCCCGCCACCUGGACUCAGAGCUCCGCUGCCCAGUGUGCCGACAGGAGGUGGAUAGCAGCAGCCCCCCGCCCAACGUGUCCCUGGCACGGGUGAUUGAAGCCUUACAGUUCCCUGGGGACCCAGAGCCCAAGAUCUGUGAGCACCACCAGAACCCGCUCAGCCUCUUCUGUGAGAGGGACCAGGAGCUCAUCUGUGGCCUCUGUGGCCUGCUGGGCUCCCACCAGCAUCACCGUGUCACACCCGUCUCCACAGUCUACAGCCGCAUGAAGGAGGAGCUGGCGGCUCUCAUCUCCAACCUGAAGCAGGAGCAGAAGAAGGUGGACGAGCAUAUUGCCAAGCUGGGCAACAACCGGACCCGCAUUGUCAAUGAAUCGGAUAUCUUCAGCUGGGUGAUUCGUCGUGAGUUCCAGGAGCUGCACCACCUGGUGGAUGAGGAGAAGGCCCGCUGCCUGGAGGGGUUGGAAGGUCACACCCGCGGCCUCGUGGCCUCCCUGGACAUGCAGCUAGAGCAGGCCCAGGGCACUCAGGAGCGGCUGGUCCAGGCCGAGCGCGUCCUGGAGCAGUUCAGUAAUGAGAGUCACCACGAGUUCAUCCGGAAGUAUCACUCCGUGGCCUCCAGAGCAGAGCUCCAGCAGGCCCGGCCUCUGGACGGCACCUUCAGCCCCAUCUCCUUCAAGCCAGGCCUCCACCAGGCUGACAUCAAGCUGACCGUGUGGAAGAGGCUCUUCCGAAAGGUUCUGCCAGCCCCAGAGUCCCUCAAGCUAGACCCUGCCACCGCCCACCCCCUCCUGGAACUCUCCAAGGGCAACACGGUGGUGCAGUGCGGCCUCCUGGCCCAGCGGCGGGCCAGCCAGCCGGAGCGCUUUGACUACAGUACGUGCGUCCUGGCCAGCCGGGGCUUCUCCUGGGGCCGCCACUACUGGGAGGUCGUGGUGGGCAACAAGAGCGACUGGCGCCUGGGGGUCAUCAAGGGCACGGCGAGUCGCAAGGGCAAGCUGAGCAAGUCCCCGGAGAACGGCGUGUGGCUCAUCGGCCUGAAGGAGGGCCGCGUGUAUGAGGCCUUCGGCUGCCCCCGGGUGCCCCUGCCUGUGGCCGGCCACCCGCACCGCAUCGGCGUCUACUUGCACUACGAACGAGGGGAGCUCACCUUCUUCGAUGCUGACCGCCCCGACGACCUGCGGCUGCUCUACACGUUCCAGGCUGACUUCCAGGGCAAACUCUACCCCAUCCUGGACACGUGCUGGCACGAAAGGGGCAGCAACACCCUCCCGAUGGUGCUGUCCCCGCCCAGCGGGCCUGCCCACCUCGGCCUCCCGCAGCCCACCAAGCUGUAG